AUGGAUUGUAUUAAAUUUAAUGGGGAUCCUAUAAGCCGCAGAAGUUAUUCUCCGUAUAUAAGGGAAGCACCCACCGCCCAAUUAUUUUUCUACACAAGAGCAUUCAAGCCCAACUAUAUCCAGCUAAGAACGGUUUUUGUGGAGAAAAUAUUGAGGGUCCAACCAAAUGUGAAGAAACUUUAUCUCCUUCUAAGAGCUGCAGAUGAUAAGUCUGCUAGAGAACGUCUGUGUGAUGAGGUAAUAGGAAAGGACUUGUUUAAAGUUUUAAGGGAGAAACAUGGUGCAAAUCUUCAUUCCUUUAUAUCAGAAAAGGUAACUCCUGUCCCUGGUGAUAUCACUUACGAAGACUUGGGAGUGAAAGAUUCUUCUUUGAAGGAUGAAAUGUGGGGAGAAAUUGAUGUUGUGCUUAAUUUUGCUGCCACCACUAACUUUGACGAAAGUCUUAUAUAUGCCUUUUCAGCUUAUGUGUGUGGUGAAGAAGGACUGAUAUUGGAGGAGCCAUUUCUCAUGGGUAAAGCCAAAAAAGGAACCGAUAAAAUAGUUAGUAGCACCGAAAGGAGGCUGAUGGAAGAAAAAUUAAAUCAACUCCAGUUAGAAAGUGCUCCAGAUUGUGAUGUUAAAUCAGCUAUGAAGGAUUUUGGCACUGAGAGGUACUAUAUACCAGCUGACAUGGUUGUCAAUGCUAUUAUUGUGGCCAUUGAAGCACAUGGAGACCAACAACAUUCAGGAAUCCGUUAUCAUUUGGGCUCUUCAUUGAGAAAUCCAGUAAAAAUUUCAAAUCUUUUUGAUUUUUUCUUCCGGCACUUCAGUAAGAAUCCAUGGGUUAACAAUGAUGGAGUCACAGGAAAAGUAAAUAAAAUGGCCCUUUUAAACAGUAUGGCUAACUUCAACACAUACCUGACGAUUCAUUUUCUACUACCAUUGAAGGAAGAAAAUCAUGAUCUCUCAUCAGGAGAAUGGAACCAAACUGAUAGAGCUCGCCAAUUAUGGAAUGAACUACUAUCUGUAGAGUGUUCUUAUUCUCCGUUGUUGUUACGGGUUCGUGUGCAUUACAAGAAUGGUUACAACUUGCAAACCAAAACUUAA